GAUAUUCCUGUACUCAAAACAUUUUCAUAUAGUAUGAUAUAGUCAUUACUAAUUACGUUUGUAAGAUAGGAAGACAUUUUAAGUUUUGAAGCGCAAGAAAAGUGUUUACAGGAUUUGUAGUUUUUGUAAGACUUUUAAUUUAUGUAUUAGAAAUAAUUUUACAUACAAUUUUACCAAUUAAUUAUUUUAAAGCUCAGUUAAAGAAUUUAUUAAUGUGAAUUAUUCAAUUUCAAUUACAAAAAAAAAAACAAAAAAAAACUAAAAACUCGGACCCAGUAAAAUAGAUAAUAGUAAUAGAGGCAGAGGCAAAGAGGUAAUAAAGGGAGAAACUGUAAUCAAGUUAGUAGCAAAAAUGGAAAUAAGUAAAACAAAGUAUGGUUGAAAUCUGAACAUAGGAAUGCAACAAAACAAUGAAUGUCUCAGUAGGAUACCAAUGCAAAGCAGAAAUUCUCCUAAGUUCUAAGGCUAAGGCAGUUUCAAUCUGUCUUCACCAAAAUUUCAACGACCACAAGUCAUACCAUCCUUAAAACCUUCACCUGGUACAUGAGGCCCUCUCAACAUAACUGAACCAGGAUUAGCCAAACUUCUCAAAAACCUGAAGCCCAAUAAAGCGCCCUUACCUGACUUUAUCCCGAACAUUGUCCUGAAGACCUUGGCUGACAACAUUGUCCCAACCUUAACCCACAUUUUCCAAAAGUCGCUUGACUCCGGCAAACCCCUGCUAGACUGGCUUGAUGCCAAUAUCACUAGUGCCUACAAGAAACCCACCAAACUACCGCCCAAUAUCCCUGACCUCCGUCCCAUGCAAAAUCCUAGAACACAUCAUCUGUUGCCACAUCAUGAACCACCUUAAACACUACAACAUUUUGACCCACCUAAACCACGGAUUCGGCUCUGGAUUCUCAACAGAAACUCAAUUAAUCAUCACCACCAAUGACCUCCUUGCCUCCUAUGACAAAGGUAACCAGAGCGACAUGGCGAUUCUCGAUUUCUCCAAGGCCUUUGACACUGUUCCACACAGCCUUCUUCUACACAAGCUCCACCACUACGUCAUUACCGACAACCUUCACUCCUGGCUCUCAACAUUCCUAACACAAAGGACCAUGCAAGUAGUGGUAGAUGGCGUCCGAUCAGGCAAAGCCAUAUUAGACUCAGGAGUUCCUCAAGGCACAUUGCUCUUUCUCUGUCACAUAAACAACCUCCAUGAUACUGUAAAAUCCCAAGUCAGGCUGUUUGCAGAUGACUGUCUUGUAUACAGAGAGAUAAACGGCUACAAUGACCACAACCACCUACAAGCACAUUUGAAGUGCCUUAUGAAUUGUGCGGAAAAUGUGGCAUGAAAUUUAACGAAACCAAAUACUACACAAUGAGCAUCUCAAGAAAAAAACCAUCAACCUAUAUGUACUCUCUAAACAAGAACAUUCUCAAACAAGUAUCAAAUAAUCCAUAACUUUGAAUUCUCUUCUUGAAUAAUCUAAAAUGGUCGCCUCAUAUAAACAAAAUUUAAAAAAAAGCGAACUCCCCACUUGGUUUCAUUUGAAGAAAUCUGCGCCAUUGCCCAACAUCCUGCAAACGAAAUGCCUAUCUCGCACUCGUCCGUCUACUACUAGAAUAUGGUGCGAUCAUCUGGGACUCAUAACCUAAAACAAGACGUGGACAAGAUAGAGCGAAUACAACAUAACGCAGUGCGCUUCAUCGCAAGUGACUACAAAUCCACCACUCCUGGUUUCGUCACUGACCUCUUAAAAAGAUUUGACAUCCCCUCCCUCAAAGACAGAUGAGAAAAGCUCCGCCUAACAUUCCUAUAUAAAGUGGUCACAGGGCUAGUGCCGACCAUCCCAGCUAACACAUAUCUCACCCCACAGAAGCCUGGUCGCUUAAUCAAAGCCAAACGCUCAAUAAACACUGACUUCACCUCUGACGACUCCAUGAGCAGUUACAUCGGAACAAUAGUAAUUGCUUCACUGUGCCUCGGUGUAACACAGUUCAAUAUAAAGAAUCAUUCUUCCCACGAACAAUAAUUGCUUGGAAUAAUCUGCUAGGAGCCGAUAGGAUAGCCGCAUCGCUUCCCCAACCGUUGCAUAUAUGCUAGUACAUGGAUGCAGCAACGUACCCUACCAGAACCUUCAUUAGUGAACAAACAAAAAACAGAAUUAAAUUAAAAAAUAGCAUUUAGCUGAGAAGUAGUAUCUGAGAGGCAGUUCGUUGUUUUAUUGCGUUCAUUUUUUUCAGGUUUGACAAUACUUUGUCUUACUCAUUUCCUUUUUUACUAACCUGAUUGCAAUAUCUCCCCUUAUUACCUCUUUAAUUUAGUAGACUUAAUUAGGAUAUUACCAAAACCUUGUUAAUUUAAAGAUAAAUAACUAUAUUUAGAUUCGAAACAUUAGAUGGCCUUAUUAUUUACUCAUUAAGUGCAAAAAACUAAUGCGAUGAAACAGGAUGUAAAGUAAAGCCCUUCAAAACAAAAAUACUGAGAUACACCAACUCAUCCUCAUCUCACCAGUUGAUUGUAACAGAUACACCACCUCAUCUUUAUCUCACCAGUUGAUUGUAACAGAUACACUACCUCAUCCUCAUCUCACCAGUUGAUUGUAACAGACACACCACCUCAUCCUCAUCUCACCAGUUGAUUGUAAUUGAUUGUAACAGAUACACCACCUCAUCCUCAACUCACCAGUUGGUACACCACCUUAUCCUCAUCACACCAAUUGUUUGUAACAGAUACAUUGCACGUUACCUUAUACAUGACACUGUCCCAUGCAUGUCUAAAUACUAAAUGUAGAAAAAAGCUAUCUACGUUAUAUUGCGGAUAGCAGAAGAGACCUUAUAAAGCCGCAAGCUGGAGGCCAUGUCAUCUUAUUUCAUUAUUCUUUCUGCCAUCAUAUAUAAAAAUACAUGUUUAGUACCAGUAUGUAAAAAUGUAAAAUUAAAUUUUACAGCUUCCCUGAACAAUGUCUGGAAGUAGUACAAAUUUCGCUAUAGCUCGCCAGCUGAAACAAGUUUGUGAUAAAGUUCAAGCAGCAGCUGCCAGAAGACCUCAGGUGUGUAAGUAACAAUUUGUCUUAUAUUUAUAGGCCUUAAGUAAGCAUCUUAUUCUUCUGAAUAUGAAUUUAUUGGUUAAUUUUAAAUAUCACGGUUCUAAACUGGUGUGCAAUUCAUCUGUCUCUGGAUCAAGAGAUGGCAGGUCCACACUUGUCCGGGUUCAUUCCCAAUUUUGGGCAGAAUCCACACAUAAGACAAGCGAGGCAUCUAUUGUUUGCGGAGGAGGUCAAUUCCGAGCUUAACCACAGAAGAGAGAAGGCAGCAGCCAACUUUCCAUGGGAUUAUUAAUGUAUAGCUUACACAAAACUAUAGCAGUAGCAUCAUCAUGUCAGCCUUGAGCUUACAGUAGCAGUAGCAUCAUCAUGUCAGCCUUGAGCUUACAGUGAUUAAAGAGAAAUGUAUCUAUAGCAAGAAAAUGGAAUACAAAAAUUAUAAUAAAUUUAAUUACCCUCACUUUUUUCUCCUCCAAAAUGAAUCAAAUAUCCUAAAAGAAUUUAAGUAAAAGUUUGGGAAAAGAGAUUUAUGUUAAGAUUCAAAAACGUGGUAGUUCCCAGAUAUUUGCCUAAUUUUUGUGUAAACUCCUUUUGAACUUUAAAAAUAUUUUUAAAAUUAUUCCUAAUAAUGUCUGCAGACACUUAACACUUAAUGCCAAACAUUCAGUCAUUAUUUGUAAUUUACUGAAAAGUUAAUGGCCUCAAUUCAGACAGAUAUUUAAAAACAUCUAUCACAUUCCAAAUUAAAACCUUUCAUAAAUGUAUAAGUUUUAUUCAAAAUAAAUAGUUACAAAUAUUUUUUACCAUAGCAUAUCCAUGUUUUUUGGGACUUCAUUUCAACAAUAUCCCAAUGUUGACUUCAUCUCAACAAUAUCCCAAUGUUGUCUUCAUACUUUUGAAAGCACCUGCAAUAUUCUGUGCCAAGAUUAGUGGCAGUGUCAAAGACCAAAGGAACAGAUCUAGUAAUUGAAGCUUAUAAUGCUGGACAGCGUCACUUUGGAGAAAAUUAUGUAUGUUAAUGACUCAAAUAAAAAAUGUAAAUAGCAUUCUCUAACUUGUGUCAACUAGUUUACUAUUAACUAUUAAUUAUUUACUAUUAAUUAUUUACUAUUAAAUAAUUAAUAUUAACAUAUUAACUCGAUCAAAUUUUGAAUUUGGUCCAUUAAUUUUUGUAUGGAUACAUAUUCUAUUUUGAGAUGGCUUAAAAGCAUUCAUAGACGCACAUCAUUUUAAGAAGGAAAUUUCAGGGAAAAAAAUUAAAUUAUAUAAGCGUAUAACACCCACACAUCAUUUGCCCCCUAUUUUCAGGGAGAAAAAGUGUGUCUUAUACUUCGAUAAAUACGGUAAUAUUAUUUUUAAAUGUUUGAAGAAUUUUUGUUCAUUAAGUUCAAUCUGUACAUUUUGGGAAUAUGUGAAUUUUGAGAAUCUUGUUAAUAUUGAAUUGUGACUUCCAACAAAUUUGUAGGUCAUUUUGAUUAAUUUUGAAGAACACUCUAUCAUUUCAGGUUGUGGAACUUUAUGAAAAAUCUAAUGAUAUUGAGGUAAUUCUAUUUUUUGGUACAAAGUUGUGUGAAAACUAGUAAAAUUUUGAAAAUAUCCACAUUUAUACUAUUUAUUUGGUAACCUGACAAACUGUGGCUUCACAUAACAUGGUUAAUAAAAAUUUUUUAAUACAACAUAUAAUGACAAUGAUCAAUUUUAGAGUGUAAUUAUUGUCUUGUAAAAUUCUUGCUAAUAUUACUAAUAGUAAUAGUUUUAUGUGAAUCAGUCAAUAAAUCAUAAAUAGUAAAGCAAUCCAGACAACUAAUCUCAUGAUCAUUAUAUUUUAUAAUAGCAUACAAAGCCAAGUCUAAAAUAAUUAUAAACCAAUUAUUUCCAGAUUCAAGAUCAUUGUAAAGACAUUAAGUGGCAUUUUAUUGGUCGCCUGCAAAGAAAUAAAGUCCCCAAAAUUCUAGGUGUGUCUCAUUUUGUGAUGAAAUCUUGAGUACAUGGUACUUUUAGUGGAAAUAGUUUAUUAUCAUUAUUAUAUGAUUUAGCACUUGAUGAUUUAUGGACUGCAUUUGAUUAGUUAGCACUACACUGCUAAGUUAGUUGUAUUCAUUUAGCACUACACUGCUAAGUUAGUUGUAUUCAUUAAGCAUUACACUGCUAAGUUAGUUGUAUUCAUUAAGCAUUACACUGGUAAGUUGUAUUAAGUUGUAUUCAGUUAGCUGUAAAGCUAAUUAAUUUUCAGUUUUUCUGAUUGAAAUUGAUAUAUGAAUAAAUAUGACAGAAGAAAAACUGCAAGUGGCAUUUACAAUCAAUCUAGGUACCCCAUCUUCAAUGCUUAAGUCUUUCUGAUCAUAAGCACUUACUAUUUAAAGCUCAAUAUUCUACUUUAUUUUAAUUUUGUCUAAAUGUAGAAGUACCAAAUCUGUUUGUGAUUGAAACUGUGGACAGUGAACGUUUGGCUAAAGCUUUAAAUGAUGGCUGGGGGAGGUUGAAGAAAACUGAAACACUGCAAGUCAUGGCCCAGGUCAACACAAGUGGAGAAGGAAGUAAGUUGAUUUAAUCAAUAGGCCCAGGUCAACACAAAUGGAAGAGUAAGAACCGGUAAAGUGAUUUAAUCAAUAGGCCCAGGUCAACAACACAAGUGGUGAAGUAAUUAAGUUGAUUUAAUCAAUAAGCCCAGGUCAACAACACAAGUGGUGAAGUAAGUAAGUUGAUUUAAUCAAUAGGCCCAGGUCAACAACACAAGUGGUGAAGUAAUUAAGUUGAUUUAAUCAAUAAGCCCAGGUCAACAACACAAGUGGUGAAGUAAUUAAGUUGAUUUAAUCAAUAAGCCCAGGUCAACAACACAAGUGGUGAAGUAAGGAAGUUGAUUUAAUCAAUAGGCCCAGGUCAACAACACAAGUGGUGAAGUAAGUAAGUUGAUUUAAUCAAUAGGCCCAGGUCAACAACACAAGUGGUGAAGUAAGCAAGUUGAUUUAAUCAAUAAGCCCAGGUCAACAACACAAGUGGUGAAGUAAGUAAGUUGCAAAUUUAUUUAAUCAAUUGUUUUGGUGCAUAUUCUGGUGUGAAUAUACAUUUUGAACAAUGAUUCAUAUGUCAAUAAAAUCAUAAGAAAAUAAUUCCCUUGUAGGCGUAAUGAUAUGAACAAAAUGUCAUAAAUUAAAAUGAAAUUGAAAUAGAAAGGAUCUGUAGAGUAACAUCUUGACAAGAAAGUGCAACUAUUUUAGCUCAAGAUGUAAGUGGAUCAGCAGUUUGUUUUUCUGAUUGUAAAAAAAAAGUCAAUAACAAACAUAAACCUAUUCUUAUCAUACAAAAUAAUUUGUCUUUUCUGGAAAUUAGUUCUUUUCUUUUGAUAAACAAAAUUUUUGGAUGAAACAAUCAACCUUUUAAAGUCUUACUUCUUUAUCAAACAAUCAACCUUUCAAAGUCUUACUUUGGGAUGAAACAAUCAACCUUUCAAAGUCUUGUUUUGGGAUGAAACAUUCAACCUUUCAAAGUCUUGCUUCUUUAUCAAAAUUGUCAGCGUAUUUACAAACUGUAAAUAAACAGGAGGCAGAGUUUCAUCGUCUGCAAAUCAACUCAGUUGUAAUGCAAACUGUGUUGUGUUUAGUGUGAUGAAAAAAUUAUCUGCCAUAUUCGCAACAAUUUCAUCCAUGUCUUUGGACUGAAUUUUUGAUGUGGGAAAUAAUCUUAGUACUGUCGGAUGGGGAAAAACUUUAUUCAAAACUUCGCUUUUUAUAAAUUAUGGAUAAAUUAUUUUAACUGUAUUUGACAAUCCAUAUUAAGCAUUCAACAAUGAAGUGUUAUUUAUUUGUAGAUGACCAAUAAAUUGUCAUAUGCAUAUGAAGUGUUAUUUAUUUGUAGUUGAAAAAUAAAGUGCCAAAUAUAUAUUUAGUGUUAUAUAUUUGUAGGUGACCAAUAAAGUGUCAUAUGCAUAUGAAGUGUUAUAUAUUAACAUUCCUGUCCUUCCUCAAUUUAAAGUACCUUUCACCCCCACCCUGUGUUAUUCCAGCUACUUUAAGAACCACUGCUUUAUAGUAGGCUAUGCGAAAAUAAUUUAAUUUUUAUUCUUUACUUUUCCUUUUGCUGCUGUUUAGACAAAAAUGGCUGCUCUCCUCAAGAUACAACAAAGUUGGUCCAGUACAUCAGAGAAAAGUGUCCCUCCAUAAGUCUCAUAGGUCUAAUGACGAUUGGCUCCUUCGAUCAUGAUCUCAGUGCUGGACCAAAUCCAGAUUUCAAGGCAAGGGCUGCUCAUCAAAAAGCCAUUUACAAUUUACACUGAUUAGUUUUAAUUGUAUUCGAAGACAAUCAGGACAAGAAGCGUGAACUCUUUGUAGGGAAGGAAUUGUUUGAAAUGACUGACAAUAGUAUAUUAGACACUCAUUUGUAUUUUGCUUUAUAAUUUGGUUUUACGUGUGUUAUUUGUUUGUAUUUACUUGAUAGAGUCUCUGCGCUGUGAGGAAAGAAGUGUGCGAUGCACUCAAUAUUUCUGAAAAAGAUCUGGAACUAAGCAUGGGGAUGUCCGCAGAUUAUGAACAUGCUGUAAGGAUAAACAUUAUUCUCUCUCUAAAGAUAAACAUAAUUCUCUCUGUAGAGAUAAACAUUCUCUCUGUAAAGAUAAAAUUAUUCUUCUUAAAGGUUAACAUUAUUCUCUCUCUAAGGAUAACCUCAUUUUCUCUUAUGCUUUAAAAGUUUUGGCUUUUAUUGCAUGAUUAAAUUAAUAUUAUUUUAAUAUAUAGUUGAUGAUUUUGGCUUUAACAUUGAUUCCAAAGCUUAUUGGCUAGAAAUUCAUCUUUCAGAUGUUUGUUCGCCUGUAUGCUAUUUGAAAGUUUCCGAUUAUAUUUUCAGAUUGAAGUAGGUAGUACCAAUGUCAGGGUGGGCAGUACGAUAUUUGGAGACCGUGGCCCACCGCAUGGCAAGACAGCACCCGCAGGCGCCUCUACCGAUUCAGGCAAAGAUGGCAGUGAUGCAAAUCUCCUGAUGAAUAAAAUGGAAAGCUUGGACCUCCAUCACCUUGCCGUUAACUGAUUCAUUAAAUCAGUCUCUCUUCUUGACCUGCACCGUGUACAAGCAAUGGACCCCAAUGUCAAUUAAAAAUGCAACUUUGUUAUUGAAAGAGGCAUAAAUUCAUGUGUGUGCAUGGCUGAUACAUUUAUGGAGAAAUAAAGUGCAGCGACUGAAAUGUGGGACAGGUUUGAUCUACAGACUUAUACAUGGUAGAACUUUGAAAUAUGUGAGACAUGCUUUGUUUUUGUUGUCUCUAUUUCAAAAUUUGCAUUAUCAAUUAAUAAUAUUCAGAUUAUUUUUCUAUCAUAAUUGAAUUUGAAUACACUUAUUCAUAAAUUUAUUUUUAUAUCAACAAUUAAAUCAAUUUUGAAAUUUUUCCUGGUGUCCAUUCGGUUCCGUCUGUGGCAUGGUGCAUUGAUUUCACUCAUUUUAUUGAUUCAAUAAUUUUCUAUUGAAAUUGAUCAUUAAAAUUUCGCAACAUCUGGACUUACGCAUUUAUAAUUUGAAAAA